CCAAAAAAAAACCAGAAAACAAGCACAAAAAUAUCCACCCAAGACCGACAAACGAAAGAGACAAGCGAAACCAUAAAAAAAAGAAAUGGGCAUGAGUUUAACGUAUUUAAAACCAGGAAAACAGAAAACAAGCCAAAAUACCCACCAAAGAUCGGCAAACGAAAGCAACAAGCGAAACCCACUAGAAAGAAGAAAUGA